AUGUUAAGAGCAAAGCAGAUCAGUAGUACCCUUUCGAGCAAUGCUAGGAGUUUUUUGCUUGGGGGUUCGCGAUGUAAUGCAGGUGAUGGCAAUUCAUGCACUUGCCCCGAGGAUGAAACGUGUGUGUCAAGAAGACAGCAGAGUAAAAAUAAAGAAGAUUUACUUGUUCAGAAACCUUCCUCCUUAGUAACCAAAACCAAAUCUCAAGUAGUAGGAACACUGGUCUCGGGAAGCUUGGCAAAUGGGCCUGCUCCCAAGGCUGGGGAUGUUGGUCAAUCUGGUUGUGUGCAACAAAUUCGGUCUUCUUCGUACGCACCAAAUAAACCGGACUCUGUAACAUGUGCUACUGUUGUUGAUGGUGUUCAGGACCAUGUUGCAUAUUCGUCUUCUCUUAAUGCUGACCAGUUUUAUAGGGCCGGUAUUGCUGCUGUUAAUUUUAUUUCUGAUGUUGUUAAUUAUAAGUUUCCUUUGUCAGAUGGCAUGGGAAUACUAAACUACUCUAAAAAUCAUAUGGUUGAUCCUUCUAGAGCCCUUCCCAACGUUAGAACUUCCAAUGUGCAGCAAAUUAGAAAGGAGAGCUUUACUGCUGUUCAUCCCCAACCACCUGUUUCUGCUCAUCCAGGGCCAUCAAAACAUACAAAUAAUCAUCAUGGGGCAAAGGGAAAAGGAGAUAAAUCUAAUUUAGCUAAAGGCUUUAAGCAUGUUGCUUCUUCUGGGAUAGAGAAGUCAGGGGCAGCUGCAAAUAUUCCUGUAAAUAACCAUGAUCGAAGAGCCUUGCCACAGAGAACAAGAACUCAACCAAACCGCUUUGUGACAAGUUUUGGUUCCAAUGCGCAAAGCUCAAAUCCGCAGAUGGUGGGGCCAUUCAAGGAAAGUUUCAGUAAAUACACAAGGAAUGUGAAUAUGCCAGCAGGAAUUGCUUCAUCCAACAGGCAUUUUAUUAAUUCAGGGCAUGUUGUGGAUGUGGUUAAAGAUAUACUGAAACAGUUAAAGUGGGGUCCUGCUACGGAGAAGGCCCUUUAUAACCUGAAUGUUUCAAUUGAUGCAUUCCAAGCUAACCAGAUCCUAAAGCAACUUCAAGACCAUUCUGUUGCUCUAAGCUUCUUUUACUGGCUAAAGCUACAACCAGGCUUCUGGCAUGAUGGGCAUACUUACACCACCAUGGUUGGUAUCCUUGGCCGUGCAAGAGAGUUUGGUGCCAUAAACAAAUUGCUAGAGCAGAUGGUCAAGGAUGGAUGCCAGCCUAAUGUUGUUACAUACAAUCGACUAAUUCACAGUUAUGGCCGUGCAAACUACCUAAGGGAGGCGCUGAAUGUGUUCAGCCAAAUGCAAGAGAUGGGAUGUGAGCCGGAUCGUGUUACUUACUGCACACUCAUAGAUAUCCAUGCAAAAGCUGGGUUUCUUGAUGUGGCUAUGUCUAUGUAUGAAAGAAUGCAAGAAGUUGGCCUUUCUCCUGACACAUUUACAUACAGUGUCAUGAUCAACUGCCUUGGAAAAUCUGGUAACUUAUCUGCUGCGCAUAGGCUAUUCUGUGAAAUGAUUGAUCAGGGUUGUGUUCCUAAUAUUGUCACAUACAAUAUCUUGAUUGCUUUACAAGCUAAAGCAAGGAACUAUCAGACAGCAUUGAAACUAUACCGAGAAAUGCAGAAUGCAGGAUUUAAACCUGACAAAGUUACUUACAGCAUUGUAAUGGAGGUACUUGGUCACUGUGGGUAUCUUGAGGAAUCAGAAGCAGUUUUCAUGGAGAUGAAACAGAACAAUUGGGUUCCAGAUGAACCUGUGUAUGGUCUUCUGGUAGACCUGUGGGGAAAGGCUGGUAAUGUUGAGAAGGCUUGGGAAUGGUACCAGGCAAUGCUGAGAGCAGGUUUGCUCCCAAAUGUACCAACUUGCAAUUCACUUCUCAGUGCAUUCCUCAGGGUGCAUCGAUUGUCAGAUGCAUAUAAUCUUCUCCAAAACAUGGUGGCUCUUGGCUUAAACCCCUCUUUGCAGACUUACACUUUGCUUCUCAGUUGUUGUACAGAGGCACAAUCGUCCUAUGAUAUGUGUUUCUGUCGUGAGCUUAUGGCAGUUACUGGCCAUCCAGCACAUGCAUUUUUGCAGUCCAUGCCAGCAGCAGGACCUGACGGUCAAAACGUGCGGGAUCAUGUGAGCAGAUUCUUAGACCUUAUGCAUUCUGAGGAUAGAGAAGGCAAAAGAGGGCUUGUAGAUGCAGUGGUGGACUUUCUUCACAAAUCUGGGCUCAAGGAGGAGGCUGGUUCAGUUUGGGAGGUAGCUGCUCAAAAAAACGUCUAUCCUGAUGCUGUCAAGGAGAAAAGCUCUUGUUAUUGGCUAAUAAAUCUUCAUGUCAUGUCUGAUGGAACUGCUGUGACAGCACUGUCUAGGACACUUGCUUGGUUUCGCCAACAAAUGCUGACAUCUGGGGUUAGCCCUAACCGGAUAGAUAUCAUUACUGGAUGGGGUCGAAGGAGUAGGGUGACAGGUUCUUCUCUUGUGAGACAGACAGUGCAUGAACUGCUUCAUCAGUUCAGUUUCCCAUUUUUCACAGAAAAUGGCAAUUCAGGCUGUUUUAUAGGAUGUGGGGAGCCUCUUAGUCAAUGGUUGCACCACUCUUAUGUGGAGCGAAUGCAUUUACUGUAG